UGAAGGCUUAUUGGAUCUGCUAGCUCGUGGUGAAGAGUCCAUAGUUGAUAAGGAAACCAAGCGAGUUGCCGAUCCAGACAUCCAUGAUGAGUUACCUCAUGUUAAUAGCACUCAGUUUGCUUUAGAGCUUCACGUGAAUGCUGCUUCUAUGGUGCCUCUUGAAAAUGAGAUGGUAGAGAACAAAGAUGCAGAGAAAUUUCGUGAGAAAAUGCCUUUCGAUAACAUCGUAUGGGAUGAGGAACUAGCAUCAGAUGGCAACACACAUGAUGGCUUAUUGCAGCAGCUAGCUGAGGUGGAGGACCAGACCCAGUACAAGAAGGUCUGCACAGUGUUGUCUGAGAGCGAGGCACAGGUGUAUGAUGAAAUACUUGGCAAGGUUGUAUGGGACGAGGAAAUGUCAUCCGAGCUUGACAUGGACAAUGACUUAUUGGGACUGCUGGUUUCUGGCGGGGAGUACCCAGUUGAUGAGCAGGUUGUGGAUGACUCCUCGGAUUUCAAAGAGUUUGGAUUGGUCGAUGCAGACCAUGUUUUUGUGGAAGGGCUCGAUGAAGAUAGCAAAGCAGUUUGCAAGGCAAGCAUGAGUGAUGAGCUAACUCUUGAGAUAAACACUCCUUUUCUCUUUGGGGUUGCUAUAGAUCACGUGAAUGAGAUGCCUGUCAACAUCAAUUUGCAAGAUGGCCUAUCACAGGAGCGAGCAAGUGGUAGAGAGUAUGUGUAUGAUGAUAAGAUGGACCCUAUUGUUGAGCCUGACUUUGAUCUCAGUUUUGCUGUCAGUAUUCAAGAGGAGUGGGAUAUUCAAUCACUUGUGAGGGUGCCAGAACAAGAUCUUAUUCUGAAAAUUUGUGAGCAGUACCAUGGAGGACAACCCAUUGUUUUGACCUGUCAAUAUAUGAUUCAAACUGAUCACCAUUUUGGUGGUACAAGAAAAGGAGACAAUGAGCAGAGAGGAGUAUGCUUUGCAAGGACUCAUGUUGCAUGGGGACAAGCUGUGUUGCAACCAUGGGCAAGAAAUGCUUUCAGUCCUGGACAAGUUGAGCAGCUACAUCAAAUUGAUUCUGCUGCACAUAAGGUCGCUCUGGAGCUGGGUAUCAAUUUACCAUCUGAUCCAUCAGUUCGGAUGCAAUGGGAUCCGGGCAUCAGUACGGCCACAGCUUGGGGACAAGCUGUGUUUCGAGGGGCCGGUAAAUGUCAUGACCCAAGUGUGGCCCAGAAGAAGCCCAGCCUACCUGCCCAUUUGCCAAGGCCGAAGCCCACUCUAUCCAACCCAAUUGCUGAAGCCAAAGACCACGAGGACAAAGAGGAGCUGAGGCAUCGAUGCAGAGGACAGGAAAUUAUUCAGAAAGAAGAAAGACCGAGGAACACAGGAAGCUCGUCUUCCUCCUCUGGCUGUGAGAUCCUAUCCCCCUCUCGAUUUCCCCUGCAAUUACUCACGCUCCCGGAUUGAUCUCGCCGGUGUAGCCACGGGUAUUACAAGGCGGCGGCGGUGUCAGAGCUGUGCGCCUUCACCCAGGACGCCCACAUGAGGAUUGACGCGGCGCGGUUGUGCGGGCUCAGGCGGGAGGCGCGUCGCGGACGGGAACGGCACUGCUACUACUACUUUGCUUCGCUCGCCUUCAGCUUUGUGUCUUCUCGCGCGGCGAGGACUGGGGAGUGGGUUUUAUGAGAUGGGAGUAUGGGACGAGCUUUCGUCCAACCAAGCCCCAGCGGGCCAGCCCACUGAAACAGUUGUUAUCCAUUGGACUCAUUUAUUCGCGGUCGCU